AUGGCUGCUCCACAAGCACAGCUCCCGCUUUCCGCCGGCGCUCGAGUCGCUGGCAUUCCAGAACUGCUCGAACAGAUUCUCCUCAACCUCAUCGACGCGCCUUCCUCGGAGGCUGAUCAGCAGCCUAAAGACCAAAUCGUCGGUCUUCAGACCGCACUUCUCAGCCAGCGCACUUCCCACGCCUUUCGCGACACCAUCAUCGGCUCUUCCGCAAUCCGGCGCGCUCUGUUCGGCGAAGAUGCGAAGCCAGCUGUCAGUGGGUUCCCGAAGGCAAACCCAAUGCUCCUCGAUAGCAUUGUCGGCUACGACCUUUCCGAGAGUGGCCCCUUCAAGGUCAAGGUCUGGCCAAUUUACGACUAUAGUUCGUACUCCGUGACAGCAGUGUAUAAGGGCUACAAGGUUAGAGUCCACCGCAUGUAUCCUACUAGAAACCGCAUCUCCAAGCGAAAGCGCCAAGGCAAGGACUUUCGGGCUUCUUGGCGCCAGAUGCGUUUGCUUAGCGAGACUGGCGCAGUUCCGAUCAUCCAGUUGGAGUUGAAGUGCGUCUCCGAGACGAGCAUUCUGGAAGGUCGCUGGGAGAAUCCGACUCUGGGCGAGGUCUUCGAUCAGCUCUAUGGAACAGGAACCUGA